ACGGAGGACCCGGAGUUCACAGAGCAGAUCGAGAACAUCACAGUGCCGGCGGGCCGAAACGUGAAGCUGGCGUGCUCCGUCAAGAACCUCGGCACCUACAAGGUGGCGUGGAUGCACUUCGAGCAGUCGGCGAUCCUGACGGUGCACAACCACGUGAUCACGAGGAACCCCCGCAUCUCCGUGACGCACGACAAGCACCGCACGUGGUUCCUGCACAUCAGCAACGUGCAGGAGGAGGACAAGGGCCGCUACAUGUGCCAGAUCAACACCGUCACCGCCAAGACGCAGUUCGGCUACCUGCACGUCGUCGUGCCGCCCAACAUCGACGACUCGCUGAGCAGCUCCGACGUGAUCGUCCGCGAGGGCGCUGACGUCACUCUGACGUGCCACGCCAGCGGGUCGCCGCCGCCCAGCGUCAAGUGGAAGCGCGACGACGGCUCCAAGAUCGCCAUCAACAAGUCGCUCUCCGUGCUGGAAUGGGAGGGGGAGGUGCUGGAGCUGACGCGCAUCUCCCGCCUGGACAUGGGCGCCUACCUGUGCAUCGCGUCCAACGGCGUGCCGCCCACCGUCAGCAAGAGGAUCAAAGUCAGCGUGGACUUCCCGCCGAUGCUGUGGAUCCCGCACCAGCUGGUGGGCGCGCCGCUGGGCUACAGCGUGACGCUGGAGUGCUUCACCGAGGCGCACCCCACCUCGCUCAACUACUGGACUCGCGAGGACGGCAACAUGAUCCACGACUCGGCGGGCAAGUACAGCAUCUCCAACACGGCCGGGUCGCCCGCCUACAAGACGCACAUGCGGCUCUCCAUCAUGAACAUCCGCGAGGCCGACUACGGCACGUACAAGUGCGUCGCCAAGAACCCUCGUGGCGAGACGGACGGCACCAUCCGACUAUACACAUCCGCGCCGCCGUCGACAACGCCCGGGCCGAGCACGACCGAUGCGGCGGCGUCGCGGCGGCACCCAGAUGACGGGUUGGACCCAUCCGGCAAUGACGUGAACAACUCAGUGUACAGCUCCCUCAGCGGGCAUUACUCGGACAAAGGCUCCAAGUACCAGUCGAAUCUCAACGAGAUCGAUAAGUCGGAGCAGAAGUCAGCGCCUGAGGCGUCUGGAAAAGGGAUGCACCGCGACUGGUUAAAACCGGAGCUCACUGCAGCUGGUAGCAACGCGUCGAACGGCGCCGUGUUGCUGGUGGUGACGGCGGCGGCCGCUUCCGUCGCAGCAUUCGCCCUGCACAGAUAAGGAAGACCACCCUCAGAACAGCACUCCAACUGGCGGAUUUUGCAGUUAACAGUAAACGGACAGCGUGAAAACUACACGAGAACUGGGAACCACGACAACAGCAACAAGACUGAUCGAGCUUUUCCGAGAGUAGCGCCGGAAUCAUCAACUCAGGACUAAACUCUCUCACACCAGCCACCCCCAACCCCCAUCCCCACAACCCCGUGACGUUAGCAGUGGUGGCGGCGCAUGUCCUCCAGUGACGACGUACGCAGGAUGCAGAAGACAGCGUGACGAAGCUGGGUAUCAACCUGGCUGUGUCUCCUGGAACUUGUACCCUGUGUUGCUCGUUGCCCAGACGUUUGGAUCCGACGUAGCUGUGUUUGUGUGCCCCGUAUUGCUCCUCUGCUUUGUAGGAUUCCGCGUGUACACGGCUGAGAUUAAUGCCAAAAUUCCUUCCCUGUCCUAUCGGCUAGACAGAUGCUUCCUUUACGGCACUCCAGACCCUAUCUCCCUGCCAUUUAAAACGAACAUUGGCUGCUACAGUGACUGUAUCUUCUGGAACUAUUAUGUCUAAGUGUACAGUCUACGCGCAUUUAGUGGCGCUUCAGUUACUAGAGAGAUUUCGUGUCACAGAAACUAUCCACCUACCGGAGCUACGACGGUUAUAUUUUAUGGUGAAAGAAACACAUAAUGACUUAUACUACUGGCAAGUAAUCUCAUUGCUAAUAUCCAACUUCUAAGAGAAAAUUUCCAGCUAUGAAGGUUGAACAAAGAGCAAUCUUUUUUCCUGACAAGAUUUACAAGGCAGUGCUUCAAAUAACUUUCUAUGUAUGUAUGUUAAAUGGUAUACAGGCAUCACAUUUGGCGGUGUUAGUGACUGGUUGGAAGUCAUUACUGUACGACUAUAGUACUGCUUUUUGGAGACGCUGCAGUAUUAUAGCUAUAGAUAAAUCAUUCAGUGUCAGCAAUUAAGUGUAUUGUUUAUAAAAUUUUAGUGUCGUUUAAAUGUUUCCAACGAGUGGCCUACCUUAAUGAUUCAUAAAUUGUUGUCUCAAUAUAACAUCAGAGUUAGAAGUUCAUUUGACAUAGUUGUAACGAUGUCUGCUACGCUUGGUCCCGUUUCAGUAUGAUAAGUUUUCUAAAUGUUGUAAUAAAAGCCCUCUGAUGACUAGGACAUUAGGCGUUGAUGUAGCAGUUCCCAUUAUACCGUCAUUGUAGUAGACGUGAAUUGUUGAUUCCGUACUUCAGUUGUCGUGUGUUGUACACCUUAUUUUACUACAGUGUCAAUCACUUUCUUUGUGUAAGCAAUUCCUCACUGCCAGAAUUGGUGGCUACCGGCCUCAGGCUGCUGCAGGGUAACAUUUCGAAAUUAAAAUAAAUUUGCCAGAGAGAAGAAUUUGCCAAUUAAAUUAUGAGCGCUGGCCUCAUUACAGUCUAAUACUGUGCCUGCCGGAUGUCGAAUUACGAAAGUUCGUUGCACAGUGAGGAUCUCUGAUGAACAUAGCCAACUUACUCUCGCUGGUGCCAGUCUCUCGUUACCUCGUUAUCUUUGCUACCUUCUAUCACGCCACAGGAAACACACUUCGGAAAACAGAAAGAAACGCUGCACCAGUGAUACCUCAAUCACAUUUUACUUGUAGUGCUUGUAGUGUACAGGAAUACAAAAGCGGUUAGUCCUCUUAAAUCUAAUACACCCACAUGACCACAAGAUCAACGCCUGUAUCAUCACUUCUGUAUCAUUGCCUCUGAAAAUCAUUCUUUUCCCGUUAAUCAAUUAUGGCCUACUCGUACGAAGUCUUUCCCACGUAAAACUUACGUAAGAGCAUGUCGAAGAUAGAAGGUAACACGUUGUCGCGCUGUUCAGCUUUUUCACUCGUCGACCUGCAGAUGAUCUUCUACAAAUGCCAUUUCGUAUAUUUCAGACCUGGAAAUAGCCACUUAUAUUUCUCAUUAUGCAUAUCCCUAUUACAAAUAUGAAUGACAGAUGUGUAACAUUAUGAAAGUGAGAAAAAAUUUGAUCAUUCGAAAUGGAUGUAGAAACCAAAGGAGGCGUGGCUGGAGUGAUGGGGAGGGGGAUAUGGAGGGGGUGGGGCGUGGAAACUGCAAUGUCGCGAGGCAUAAGAAAUAAUGGGAAAACAUUAUACCGUUCAAGAAAAUAACACAGGCAUUACUGUAUUAGUAAAAUCUGACGACUCUUGUCUAUGUUACUGUAGUAGAGACAUAAAACACGACAAUUCCCCCAGUCUCAUCUGUGUUUAAAGAUUUCGACAGCAUAUUUUGACUUAAUUAAUUUUAUGAGAUGCACUGACAUAUAUCUGGCGUUGAUAAUGGGACCUGAUUUAAUGAUUGCAGAAGUUAAAAAUUUUCUUGGUCGUAAUAGUACCAAAUAAUUGCUCAAAAUGCUGAAUUCUGUGUGAAAUUCAUUUUGUGUGACGUCAAAGACACUCAAUAUUACUUGUUAGUAACAAUAGCAGUGAUAUUAAAUUCAUGCAAGACAGUUUGUACCUACGCACAUGUUAAACAAAUUUUAUUUUUACUGCUUAUAGAAACCGCUUUAAUGCAGAGUUGGUUGUCAACAAGUUUUGUGUAUGAUUAGUAUCGUUUAAGUAAGGACCUAAGUCCUAAAUGUGGCAGAUAUCCUUAAAGCAGGGCAGUUGACAGUUAAAGGGAUGAAAGAUCCCUGUUAACCAAUUGCUGCUUAGGCCUCGUCGUAUAACCAAUAGGAAUAGACAAAAAUUAAUCCUUCGAUCCGUCUACCUGCGAAACAUGCACAAUGAUAAUUCCGUACAAGUAUUUUAAAUUAAUAAAACAAACUACACUGUUUCUUUUUAACCAAACCUGACGUAAAGAACAGUACAUUUCAGUUAUCAUUUCGAAAUCUUCAUCGCAUUAUUCAUAUUCUUUAAAAGAACCCGUAGAGAGAUUUCUUCUUAUUUUUUUCUUCUUCUUCUUUUUCUUCGACAUCUUCUUCUUUUUCUUCUUCUUCUUUAGUAUACCCGCCUCAUGACAGGUUUCAAUUGAAGUCUCUCCACUGCGUCCUGUUUUGAGCAUCUUCCUUCAUCUGUCUGUAUGUUCUUCCUCUUCUGAUGUCAUCCAUCCUUCCAAAUCUCUUCCCACCUCUUCCUCUAAUUAUUUGUUGCAAAUAGUUCCCAGGCGGUGUGUAUCCCAGCUAAAGUAUUUUGUUCUUUGUGAUAACUUUCAACAAGCUUCUUCCUUACCUUAUUUUCUUUAUUACAUUCUCGUUUUUAACUCUGUUACCCCGUAGAUCCUCGUCCUUAAGUCUGUCAGUCCACUUUUCCUCAAGAAUUCUUUUCCAUAACCACAAUUCUAAACUUUAUAGAUAUAUUUCUUCUUUCUUCUUAACUGUCCAUGAUUAACUGCUGUAUAACCCUACACUCCAGACACAACAUUUAGCAAUCUUUUCCUCGGUUCCAUUGGAAUUCUCCCGGAUGGUAGUAACGGCUUCACCUUCACAGAUGCUUAUCUCCCAUUAGUAUACUCUUCCUUAUUUCUUCUGUACGGCUUCCAUUCCAUGUCAUUCAACUUCUCACGUACAGAAAGAACUUUACUUGUUCUGUCUUUUUUUUAGGAAUAUGUUAACUGGAGCUUCGUUCUUGCUUAUUCUCAUCACUUUUGUCGUUGCUGUACUUAAAUUCAUUGCAUACUUCUUGCCUCUCCCUGUUACACUCUUCAAUAUCUUCUGUAGCUCCUCUUCUGAUUUCGCCAGCACUGCUUGGUAUUUUAUAGUCCCUGUCCUUACUCCUCCAAUUACAAUGCGUCUUGCAAUCUCUAUGGUCCCACCUGUCAAUUGUUUUCCAUAGACGUUGAAGAGCUUCGCUGACAGUGGGCAUCCGUGCUUACACCCUUUUCAGCGCUUAUCUCUUAGGCCUCCACAUUCUCAGUUCUAACUGCCCCUUUUUGCAUUGUAUGCAUUUCAUUUAUUAACCCCCUGUCUUCCCAGGCUAUACCCACAUUAUUAUUGGCAUCAUUAUUUCAUAAAUAUCACACGGAGCACGGCAUGUGUGUUAAAGUACCAACAAAUCAUACUGUUAUAUAGUAAAAGUAAAGUGUCCACAGCUGCGGUUAGUAUUCUGGACCCGAGAAAAACUGAAGGAAACUCCUUUCUGGACAACGCUUCCGCAAAAUGUAAUCUAAAACAAAUUAUUUACUGCUCGAAAUACUGGUCCUCUGCAUAUAUUUUUGUAGAUGAUUUCAUGAAUUAUUUAUAAAAGAAGAGGUGAGUGGCACGUAGCCGGUAAAGGCUUCCGACCUGUGCAAGUAGAGUGCAGCCGCGGCACUUCGGGCAGGGGAGGGAGGUGAGCUCCAUCGCCCUGCUGUCUUGACCCCUCCCCCCCCCCCCCCCCCAGAAAAGAUCCCCGACGCACAUCUGACAGCAGGCCGAAUGGACAUGAGGGAGUCCUGGAGGAACUAAGGAAUUCAAGUUGAGGACGAGCUCUAACCAGAUCUACCAGAACACGAAUUUAGUUGUAUCUACAAACUAAGAUGAUUUACUUGUAUUUGUUGCUGUUUAGUCUAUACAACAAACAGUUUGGAAACAGUACAUAUAGUGCUAAAGUAAAUAGGCAUCUACAGAAACAACGCCAAGAAACUCGUGAAAAACGAGAAACAUAUUCCACUGUCCGGUAUAGUUCUGCUAUAAAAUUAUAACAGUGCUGUUCAGGAAGAGAUUAAAUGAAGUUAUAAUGUCUGUAUAUGCUUGUGUGUGUGUGUGUGUGUGUGUGUGUGUGUGUGUGUGUGUGUGUGAACAAUCGUGCCAAAGACUACUCUCCCAAAUGUGUCGGCUCACUGCACAAACGUCGAUGCCCUGCUAUGUUGUAAAGUUAUGCUUACACAGCUCACAAUGUAGGUAAAUAAUUCAGUUGUACUGAAGAAAAAUUACAAUGAAUGUGCUCCUCGUAUACUAAAGCGUCUUAAGCCUAAUAUUAUGUAACAAAACUGUAUAGUGUUAUUGAUGGCAGAUACUAAAACGACUCACUGUAUGUAUUUUCUGAUAAACAGAGCCAGAAACACUGGACAACUGAAUGUCAAAGACUGUGAAGUUGACCUUUAUAAGAUGUGUAUUUUUCGUGAUGUUUGCUGAGCCACAAAAUUUUUCGCGCAGGCCGUGUGCGUGUAGUGCAUCUGUGUGUGUGUGUGUGUGUGUGUGUGUGUGUGUGUGUGUGUGUGUUUUCAGACACACAGUUGAGAGAGCGAUUGUGACUGCUGUAUUGUUCUCUGGUUAACACCUCUAACCCCAACGCAGUUACUUUACUAUAACAAAAAUAUAUUAAUAUAUUAACAGGGAAAUGGAAGAUAACGUUGCUUAACCGUUGUUCAGGUCAACAAAAAAGUAAUAACCAGAUAUAUUAUAUAUGUAUGUCGACUAUUUAUAAUGUUAUGUUAUAAAUGUAUCCAAAAAAUUGUGAAAAAUAAAACAAUGACUAGAGCUUA